UUGGACCUAUGUUGUUAUAUAUUCUCUGGAGCAUCGCUUGGCGUUUUGAGCAACCUGGCAGGAGGAGCGUCAUAAUAGUAAUUUUGUACAAAAGUUGUGAUUAAACAAUUUCAAACUGACGGCGGAAAUGAGUUCUUAUCUUCAAGUAGCAGAGGACGAAGGCGAGGAACCUAUAGAGUUACCGACUGAAGAUGAUAGUACGUUAUUGCUCUCAACUUUGGCCGCCCAGUUCCCAGGAACUUGUGGGUUAAAGUACCGUAACCCAGAAUCACGAGCAAUGAGAGGAGUGCGUUUGGUGGAAGGAAGGUUACACCCUCCAGAAAGUGGAUGGGGAAAUUGUGUGUACUACUGUGUGUUUCCUAAAGAAAAUAAACGUAAGUCGGACGAUCACUUGGAAAAUUCUACAGCAAAGACGAAGCGCAUGGAAACGAAAUUGAAAUGUUCGGAUCUUAUCGUUCUUGGGUUACCGUGGAAAACGACGGAACAGCAGUUGCGAGAGUAUUUUGAGUCAUUUGGUGAAGUGCUUAUGGCUCAGGUUAAAAAAGAUCCUAAAUCUGGUCAGUCAAAAGGGUUUGGAUUCAUCCGCUUCGGGACCUAUGAGUCACAGAUGCGAGUUUUAGCACAGAGACAUAUGAUUGAUGGCCGAUGGUGUGAUGUCAAGAUUCCAAACUCUAAGGAGGGCCAGAUUCAGCAGGUUCCAUGCAAGGUGUUUGUGGGUCGGUGCACUGAGGACAUGCAGUCUGAAGACUUGCGCGAGUAUUUCUCCAAGUAUGGUGAAGUCACAGAUGUUUUCAUACCCAAACCAUUUCGAGCAUUUGCAUUUGUAACCUUCCUGGAUCCAGAGAUUGCCCAGGGUCUGUGUGGAGAGGACCACAUCAUCAAAGGUGUGUCGGUUCAUGUGAGUAAUGCUGCCCCAAAGACUGAUCCAAAUGGACGGUCAUAUGGUGGUGGGGCAGGGGUGGGGGCUGGAGGACCUCGGGGUGGAACUGGUACUCGUGAGCCAAAAAACUUGGCAGGCCCCUUCGGUGGGGGGGCAGGUACAGCACAUCAUUAUCACCACCAACAUCAUGGGGGCCCUGGGGGCAGCAACAUGGGAGCCGGAGCAGGAGGCUGGAACCAGGGUGGUCCAGCUAACAGAGGGAACAUUGAUAUGCCAAAUCUUCAGGCACUGGGUAUAACAGGUCAGCCAGGAGCUGCAGGUGGUGGUGGGGCACAGAAUAUGAAUAAUCCAUUAGGUAUGGGAACUCUGAAUUUGGGAGCUCUACCUAUGAAUCCAGCCAUAGUUGCUGCAGCAUUAAAUCAGGCAGGUUGGGGACUGAUAGGAAAUUUGCAAGGGAAUCAGGCACCGGGGGGUGGAGGUGAUGGUACUCCUCAAGGAUUUGGCAAUCCUGCAACAACAGCAGGUUUUGGGGCAGCACCAGCAGGACCACAGCAAGGGGCAGCACCACCUGCAGCAACAGGUCAGGCAGGGGGUGGGUUUCUUAGUUGGAUGAAUCAAGGGGCAGCAGGAGGAGCAAGCGAUGCUGGUCAGGGUGCAGGUGCUCCAGGAUCAAAUGCUCCUCAGCAACCUGGUUCCUGGCCUCAGAGAGGAAAUAAGCAGGAGAGCUUCCUGAAAUAUGAAUGAGUAUGAUGCUGGAAAAAUACAUAAAAUUGCAUACAACUGUGCUCACGUAUCACUCAUUCAUCCUGUCAUCAUUUAUUUGCAGACUUUGGGACAAAGAGUGAAUAUUCUGGAAAACAUUAACACAUUCUUAAAUAUAAUUAAAUUUUUAAUUUAAUUUUAGUUUCCUAUUGUGAAAGGAGCUAUAAUGGGUGAGUGAUAUACUUGGACUUGGUUGUAUGUUGUGUGUUUGGCUCUUGAAUGUGUUUUAGAUCCAGGGUGAAGAAACAAAUGAAAACAGUCUAAAGUAUAAAGCAAAUUAUCAGUCCCUUUUUUAUUGUUGACAGUUAAAAUUAUGUCUGCAUCUUUGUAGUGUAUUUGCUCACAGUUAUGAUAAAGUUUAAUAUACCACAAUACACACGUGACUAUCUUUCAGUGUUUCACUGAAACUAGUAUUUCAGCUAGGGCCAGUUAUAGGGUUAUGUAGUCAUUUAUUUAGUAUAUCCUGUCAAGAAUUAUGAGCAAAAAUGCUUAACAAAAGUUCUAUCAUUCUGAAAAGUUUAAAAUCUGUUAUCUUUUUGCAUUUCUUUUUCAAACACUAAGAUAUGCUGAGAGAUUACAUCCUCAGAAAUGUUGUAAGACAUCAGUCAUAUAUACCCUUAUGCGGAAUUCUUUUUGUAACCCAUUAAAUUAUGUGUACAAUUACAUAUACAAGAAUUUUAUUUGUAUACCUUAUGGUCUUUAUUGUCUAUACAGGAAAAUUUGUAGAAUAGGCUCUUUACAAUUUUUGUAAUAUUCUUAGGUAUAAGCAUGGUUUAUCUGUAAAAUAGAAUCUUUGAUUUUGCUGUGUUUCAAGCAUAUUUACUCAGUUCUUGGCUGUUCUGGAUAUUAUCUUUCAUUCAUAUUAUGAAUUUGCUCACAUGAGAUUUAGCUCAUACACGUCUCUGCAUAACUACCCAUUUAUGUUUCUGAAUGGUAUUGUGACAUUAACUGUACCUCAAGCUUUUCUGG